UUGGUGAGCUUAGCUGAAGCCCUGCGGGAGAGCCAGGACCAGGCCAGCCCUUGCAGGAUUGGAGCCGACAGAGGUGAUGGAGGGGAGGGGCAAGAAGACCCCACGAAUCCGGAAGGCAAUGAAGCCACCCAGGAGGACCUGGCAGCAGGUGACAAGCAAGGACAGCAGAAGGAAGGCCAAGAGUGCCAGCUGGAAGAAGCUGUGGAGGUCGACCCUGGGGGGGUUUCCUUGGAAGUGGUGGAAGAGGAUUGCACGGUGGAAACGGAGUCUCACACCAGUGAGAAGCCCUAUAGUUGCUCCAAGUGCGGGGAGGGUUUCACCAAUAAAUCACGUCUUCUUGCACACAGAAGGUCCCAUCCGGGGGAGAGGCGAUACGGAUGCUCCAUGUGCGAGAAGAGGUUCAAUAAGAAGGCUUGUCUCCUUGCACACGAGCGAUCUCACACGGGAGACAAGCCUUACCAGUGCUCAGAGUGCAGCAAGGCCUUUGGGCAGGAAACGUCUCUCAUUACGCACCAGAGGACCCACACUGGGGAGAAACCCUACGAGUGCUUGGAGUGUGGGAAGAGUUACCCCUGGAAAACGUCCCUGGCAGUGCAUCAGAAGAUUCACGCCGGAGAGACCUACUCGUGCCCCGUGUGUGAGAAAACCUUCAACCAGAAGUCUCUGCUCAGGAUACACAAGAGGAUCCACACGGCCGAAAGACCGUACAAAUGCUCGGACUGUGACCAGAGCUUCACCCUUGAAAAAUACCUGAACGCGCACAGGGUGAGGGCUCACACCCGCGAGCGGCCGCAUGCCUGCUCGCACUGUGACAAAACCUUCAUUUUUAGAUAUUCCCUCGUUGAGCAUGAGCGAAUGCACACAGACGAGAGGCCUUACAAAUGCUCUGAGUGCGGCAAACGCUACAACGGAAAAGCGGCCCUGGUGGUCCACAAAAAUACCCACGGGGGACAGAAAUCCUACCUGUGCCCCGAGUGUGGCAAGAGCUUCAAAACCAAAUGUGCCCUGACGGGUCACGAGAAAAGCCACAGAGGAGAGAAGCCCCAUAAAUGUUCGCGCUGCGACAAAAGCUUCUAUUGGAAACAUCGCCUCACCUUGCACGAGAGGGUUCAUACGGGGGAGACGCCCUACCAGUGCUCGGAGUGUGGCGAGAGCUUCCGCUACAGGAACAAUUUGACCAAGCACAAGAGGAACACGCACGAGAGAACCCGGGCGGCCGGGGAGAGGAUCUACCAGUGCUCGGUUUGCGGCAAAAGUUUCCGCUGGCGGCGGAGCUUCAUCCUGCACGAGAGGGCCCACUUGGGAGAUAAGCCCUUCAAGUGCACCGAAUGCGGGAAGAGCUUCAUGAGCCGCGUGUCCCUCAUUGUUCACAAGAGGAUCCACACCGGAGAGAGGCCCUACAAGUGCCCCGAAUGUGGGAAAAGCUUCAUUAAGAAGCAGGCCCUUAGCAAGCACAAGACGGUCCAUACCGGCGAGAGGAGGUACUUGUGCAACGUCUGCGGGAGGAGGUUCUCCAACAAGGGCAACCUGGCCAGGCACACGAAGAUCCACACGGGAGAGAAGCCCUACAGCUGCCCCGUGUGCGGGAAGGGGUUUAUCCAGAAGGUGUGCCUCACCGAGCACGAGCCGACCCACAGCAAGGAGAAACCGUUCAUCUGUCCCGACUGCGGGAAGAAGUUCAAGCGGAAAAGAGGGUUCCUUCUGCACUUCCGCGUGCACAGAGGGGAGGCGCCGCAGGAGUCCUCCAGGAAGAGCGUCAACGGUGGGGAGCCCUCGGCCGCCAACGGCAAGGCCCCGGCGAGGGAGAGGUGCCACCCGUGCCCGGAGUGCGGGAAGAGCUUCCACUCCAGAUGUCACCUCAUCAUGCACCAACGGACCCACACGGGCGAGAAGCCGUACCAGUGCCCGGAGUGCGGGAAGAGCUUCAGCCAGCAGUCCUCCCUCAACACACACCAGCGGGUCCACACGGGCGAGAAGCCCUCUCUGUGCACGGAGUGCGGGAAAAGCUUCCACAAUAAAAGCAACCUUGCCCGGCACCAGCGAAUCCACACGGGGGAGAAGCCCUUUGCGUGCCCGGAGUGCGGGAAGAGUUUCAUCCAGAAAGCCUCCUUGGAGGCUCACAGGGCCACCCACAGCAAGGAGAACCCCUUCUCCUGCGCCGACUGCGGUAAGACAUUCAAGCUGAAAAUGUCGCUCCUCACCCACCAGAGGACCCACACGGGGGAGAAGCCCUACGCCUGUUCCCAGUGCGAGGAAAGGUUCAUCCGACGGUCUCAGCUGCGGAGGCACGAAAAGGCACACGCAGGAAAUCCAGAGGUAGAUCCUCCCCAAGAGGUGAAGAUCUUCACUGAAGAAGAGCCCGCCACCUCUUUAGAAUUGCUGGUUGAAACCGCUGAACCUACAGAACUCACCGAACUUUCUAUGGAAGCCAUAAGCACAGCUGUGAUAAGUGUGGAUGGGAACUUAUUCCUUGUACAAACUACUGUAUAGGGCUGGAUUGUCUACACUGAGACACUAAGUUUGGGAGCUACAAUCAAGAUUUAUUGGACAGAAAACAGAAGUUUUUCAGAAUGUUCAUCUUCCUGCCUUCAUAUCUUACUUCCUGCUAUGCGCCAAAACUCUCUCCCCGAAUGGUUUUGAAUCACACAGUUAAAAAAGAAAAUAAAUUAAACCCUUAAAAGGGACCGUGUCUAACACUAUAGAUCUGCCUUUCCCAGCUUGGUGCCCUGCAAAGCUUCAGAAACACUGUUUGAAAGCAGCUGACUGAGAAACACGGGGACAAGAUUUGGGGCUGAAAGAAAAGUUAUCCAUCUUAAAUGCAUAUUUAUAAUUUAGAGUAUAGCUAGUUUAUCUUGGCCAUCCCAGUUCCUCAGCCUAGAUUGCCCCUUUUGUGACUGUGAGCAUAAAAUAUUAGGCGGGGGGGGAGGGGGUUGCAAUCUCUUGCACCUUAGAAAGGUCAAAGUAUUUAAAUGUAAUAUAUGUAUGUAAUAUAUACGUACCUGCCAUCUGCAUCCUGAAAAGCCAGCAGGGCAGUGGCAGUUUGCACCCGUUUUUGUGGAAAGUUCCAGAAGUGGGAGGUCACCACCAAGAAGGCCCUGCACGGUGGAAACAGCCAUUGAGGAAGGGCCGCUUUCUCCUGGCUGAGCAGCAACUCCCAAACAGAAAACUAACUGAUCUGUUUUCUAUCACUGUUUUUCCACCUUGGCAACUUUAAGACAUGUGGACUUCAACUCCCGGAACUCCCCAGCCAGCAUGUUUGCUGGGGAAUUCUGGGAGUUGAAAUCCACGCAUUUUAAAAUUGCUACAGUGGAAAAACACUGGUUUCUAGGAAGUGACUCCCUCUCCACGUCCCGCACCCAAUUCUUUCCAACUGAAGGUGGCCAGUUAUGCCCCAGAGGGGCCUUUCCCAAUCUGAUGUCCUCCAGAUGUGUUGGGAGUUGAAGUCCCAAACAUUUGGAAGACCCUAGCUGGGGCACGGUUGCUGGAGGGAGUCUCCUGUUCUCAUUUGAUUGACCUGUAUAAAUCCAGCUUUGCGGUCCAGUUCUUUAAACCUGGCGCUGCUCUAAAUGCUUCUAAUUAUUUUUGUAUCUCAGAAAGAAAAUUAUUUUGGAUGGCUGCAUAAAUAAAAUUACAUUCUAUAUA